AUGUCAGGUGUGCAGCAGGAGCUCAAGCAGACGCAGGGGCAGUUUGAGUCGCACGUGAACCAGUUGCAGCAGCAACAUCUACAGCAGCUUCAGCAGCAGGCCUGCCAGAUUCAAGAGCUGCAGCUCCUGCAGAUCCAGCGCCUGCGGCACUGGCUUGUGUUUGCAGUGCACAGCGACGCAACCACUGUCGACCUCUUACGGCCACACCAUGAGCAGCGCUAG